AUGUUGGGCUCACAAUCAGUGAGUAGGGACUUUGCCACGCCCCAAAGCUACCAGGACAUCCAUGGAGCCCCCAAAAAGGGCAGCCCGAUCUUCAUCAAGAGCAAAUCCUACGACACUGGGCCCGAGUCUCACUCGAGUAUCGUCCAAGCAAGAGACCCCGCCAUACAUCGCGAAGUGCGGAGGAUGUUGUCAAAUGCGUUCAGCGCGAAAGCUCUCAGAACGCAAGAAGACGUGGUGAUCCACUAUGUCCAUCUUCUCAUGGACCAAAUUAAGCAGCGGAGCAGCAGGAACGAACCUCUCAAUAUGCAUGACUGGUUCAAUUGGCUGACCUUCGACAUCAUUGGAGACCUCGCUUUUGGGGAGUCUUUUGGGGCAGUCGAGUCCGGACAAGGUCACCCCUGGGUCGAGCUCGUCCUAGACAGCCUUCAUGUGGGUGCUAUAAUCGAUGCUUGCCGACGUCUCCCGAUCCUCCUUCCGUUUGUGCCAUUUUUGAUCCCUGCCGGUCUCAAAGGCAAACGAGACGAACACUUUCGCUAUUCAUGGGACAAGGCUCGACGGCGCAUGGAGAAGCAGAAUGAUCGAGAAGACUUCUUCUCCUCGCUACUCAGGGAGAAGGAGAAAGGACGAGAAAUGACCAGAGAUUUCAUCGUAAGCCAGGCAGAAACCCUCGUGGUCGCCGGGUCCGAGACCUCGGCUACAUUUCUGAUAGGCGUCACUUUUUACCUCUUGGAGAACCCGGAGACACCUGAGCGUCUGAAAAGUGAGAUUCGUCAAGCUUUCUCCGACGUCGAAGCCAUCACGAGCGAUACAACACAAAGGCUGCCAUAUCUCUCAGCCGUCAUCGACGAGGGUCUGCGCAUCUACCCGCCCGUGCCAACUGGAGUACCACGCGAGAGUCCCGGUGCCAUGGUCGACGGUCACUGGGUUCCCAAAGGUGUUGUAGUCUCAUGCUCAAACUGGGUCAACACGCACAAUGCAGACAACUUUUUCGAUGCAAAGGGGUUCCAUCCUGAGCGCUGGCUGCCCGAAAAUCACCCUUUUUAUGACAAAAGGUAUGGAUCAGACGUGAAGGAGGCCUCCAGACCUUUCAACAUAGGGACCAGAGCUUGCCUGGGCAUCAAUUUGGCUUACAUGGAGAUGAGGGUUGUUUUGGCCCGGCUAGUCUGGGAGUUUGACUGGGAGCUGGUCAACAUAGAUUUGGACUGGGAGAAGCAGAACAAACUGAUCGUCAUGUGGCAGAAGCCUGACAUAUGGGUGAAAUAUUACCCUGCGAAGAAGGCCUGA